GCUGUCUGUAUUUCGUCCUACCAUCCUGGUGGAGGAAGAGAACUUCAACACAGUCGCAGAGGCAGCCGCAGCUGACGCCUCCCUUCAAUCAAGCGACCCGGAUGUCUUCCGUGUGUCCAGUGCCAGAGUGUGGCAGACUCGCGAGGGGUUGAGGUGUUUCUGCCCCAUUGUGCUCUUCGAAGAGGACGACUCCAAGAAAGGAAGCAAAUAUGGCGGGUGA